CGUCUUCAACCUGUAACGAGUAUCACAAUAUUUUUUAUUUGUGUUAUUAAAACUUCGAUUAAUAGAAAUCACGUAAAAGCACGAUAACAGUAAUACAUAUAAAUACACAUAGGUAAUGAUAACUGCGUAGCAGGAGCGGCUGAGUUGCAUAAACGUAAUUAACGUGUCUAUAAUUACUCGGUACUUAGAAUUGAAGGAAAUAACUAUUGUCAGAUUUCUGUAUUUCUUUAUAUAAUUGUUGCGAAAAUUCCACUUUUAAAAAUGGUCGCUGGACGAGCACUUCAUUUUGUAUUUAAAGUACCGGAUCGAAAAUUGACAGCAAAGUUUUAUCGUGAAAUUCUUGGAAUGAAGGUAUUGCGACACGAAGAAUUCGCUGAUGGUUGCGAAGCGGCUUGUAAUGGACCAUAUGCUAAUCGAUGGAGCAAAACUAUGGUAGGAUAUGGUCCAGAGGAUACUCAUUUUGUAGUAGAAUUGACUUAUAAUUAUGGAAUCAAAGAAUAUGAAAUGGGAAAUGAUUUUCGUGGAAUAACUAUACAUUCUAACGAAGCAAUUGAAAGAGCUCGUUCAAAUAGUUGGCCUAUGAAAGAGGAAAAUGGAAAAUUUGUAUUGGAAGCACCUGGUGGCUACAAGUAUUAUGUCAUUAAUAAACCACAGCCCUUGGAUAAAGAUCCUGUGGAAAAAGUAACUUUGUCUAGUUCAAAUCUUCAAAAAACUAUUGCUUAUUGGAAAGAUAUUUUAGAGUUAAAUAUCUUUAAGCAAACUGAUAAAAGUGUAUUAUUAGGAUACAGUGAAGAUCAAACUAAAGUUGAAUUUGAAGAUAUUGGGACUGAAGUAAAUCAUGCAAAAGCUUAUGGACGUAUAGCAUUUUCAGUUCCCUGUGUUGAACAACCAGAAAUUCAAAAAAGAAUCAAGGAGAGUGGGAAUAAAAUUCUAACAGAUUUAAUUACUCUAGAUACUCCAGGAAAGGCUUCUGUGACAGUUAUUAUUCUUGCUGAUCCAGAUGGUCAUGAAAUUUGCUUUGUGGAUGAUGAGGGAUUUCGUCAAUUGUCAGUACCAGAUUAUCCGAGUGAAAAAAUUUUGGACCGAUAUAUUGCAAAAGAAGGCUAAAUUCAUCAUUUUUGUUGAAAACGCAAUGAAUAUUGCAAAAUUCAGUAUUUUCACAACUUAGAAAGGCUGUGUUAACAGUACUCUGCUGUUAUAAAAAAGUUUCUGGUGGUAGUGGUUUCUGUUAUAAAUGUUUAUGAAUAAAGAAUAACUAUUUACCAAUUUGUAAUAACUUUUAAAAUAUUUGUUAACGAUUUACUAAUUUUAAAGUGAAUAAAAUAUGUUUAUAUAA